UCCUAGGUCCAUCUCCUUCAAACCCCUCCUACAUGACAGCCCAUCUCCUUGGGGAAGAGGCUCUCUAUCCCCUCCAGUCUUAUAACAAAUUAUUAAAUCAUAAUCCUUGAGGCUUGCACCCAAAUCGGUUACAUCAGAGAAACUGUUGACAGUCUUGUGGCGGUGGUGGCGCUCAAUGUCUACACAUUCACCACCGUGAGAGACCUGAAAUAUGAUAAAUUAGCAACAUUAAAAGAUUUGCUAUCUUGACAUCAUUCAUGUUCGUAUCAACGAUGAAAACAGAUCCUUUACUUGAUCGUAUUUCCAUUUGCAAAUCCAUGGACCAACUUAAGCAAAUUCACUUGCAAGCCAUCGUAAGAGGCUUAAGCCUCAACCCUUUAAUAUGUUUUAAACUCAUCGUCUUUUGUUGCACUAGAGACCCAGGCAGUGUUAACUAUGCCCGCCAAGUGUUCGACAUAAUGCCUGAACCAAAAGUUUUCAUUUGGAACAUGAUGAUCAAGGGCUACUCUCGCACUAACCGUACCGAAUACGCAGUCUCCAUGUAUGUAGAAAUGUUGCGGAGGGAUAUGAAGCCCGAUAAUUACACAUUUCCGUUUCUAUUAAACGGUUUUACAAAACGGGUCGGGUUGGAAUUUGGGAAGGGGAUACAUUGUCAUGUAUGUAAGUUCGGGUUUGGUUCGAAUCCAGCUGUCGAAACAUCGUUGAUGCAAAUGUACUCGUUACGCGGGGAUAUGAGUGCUGCUAGAAUGGUCUUUGAUACAUGUUUGAAAACGAAAAGCAAUGCCAUCAUUUGGAAUAUCAUGAUUGCGGGCUACAAUCGAAGCAAAUGGUUUAACGAAUCAAGAAAGCUUUUUCAUGAAAUGGAAAAGAGAAGAAUCGAACCUACUUGUGUCACUCUUGUUUCAAUGCUAUCAGUUUGUUCAAAGUUAAAGGACACCACCAGCUGCAAGUACGUUCAUGGAUACAUCUACGAUGGGAGAAUUGAACCGAAUUUGGUGUUGAAUAAUGCUUUAGUUGAUGCAUAUGCAGCAUGUGGGGAAAUGGAUGCUGCGUUGUCGGUUUUCAAGAACAUGAAAGCGAGAGACGUUAUUUCUUGGACCGCAAUAUUAUCAGGGUUUCUUAAUAUUGGAAAACUCGACCUCGCUCGUGAGUUGUUUGAUGAAAUGCCUGUGAGAGAUUCGGUUUCAUGGACCGCAAUGAUCGAUGGGUACGUAAAGCAAAACCGGUUCAAGGAGGCUUUGAUGCUUUUCAAGAACAUGCAAGAUGCAAAAGUAGAACCCGAUGAGUUCACCAUGGUUAGCAUUCUUACAGCCUGUGCCAACACAGGUGCACUCGAGUUAGGCAAGUGGGUUAACGUCUGUAUCGACAAAAACAAGAUUAAAAACGACGUUUUCGUUGGAAAUGCACUUAUCGACAUGUAUUUUAAAUGCGGUGAAGUGGGUAAAGCGGUGGAUAUUUUCAACAAAAUGCCGAAAAGAGAUAAGUUCACUUGGACUGCUAUCAUUGUCGGUUAUGCUAUAAACGGAUUUGGAAACGAAGCUAUUAACAUGUUCAAUGAGAUGCUGAAUGCAUCGAUAAAACCGGAUCAUAUAUGUUACCUAGGCGUUUUAAGUGCGUGUACUCACACGGGUAUGGUGGAUGAAGGCAGAAAGUUUUUUGCUGACAUGUCGAUCCACCAUGGAAUCGAGCCCGAAGUUGAACAUUACGGGUGCAUGGUUGAUCUUUUGGGCCGGGCCGGGCUUUUAGCCCAAGCUUAUGAUCUCAUAAACACUAUGCCAGUUAAACCUAAUUCGGUUGUUUGGCGAGCUCUUCUUGGUGCGUGCGGAAUACAUAAAGAUGUAGAUUUGGCUGAAAUAGCAGCGAAGAAACUUAUUGAAUUAGAGCCAGAAAAUGGUGGGGUUUAUGUAUUAUUAUGCAACAUAUAUGCAGCUUGCAAUAGAUGGGAUGAUUUACAUAAAUUAAGAAAUAUAAUGAUGAUUAGAGGGGUAACAAAAACCCCGGGUUGUAGUAGUAUAGAGAUUUAUGGCACGGUUAACGAGUUCAUGGCACGAGAUAGAUCGCAUUGUCGAUCUGAAGAGAUAUAUUCGAUGGUUGAGAUGAUGACCGAAGAACUGAGAGUUUUUGGGUAUGCUCCUGAAAUAGGAGAGGACAUAAAUAUGUAAUGUGGAUGAAUGGUGUAUAAUGUGUUAAUGUUAUUAAUAGUUUGUAUAUUUAAUUUUUGUUGUGUUCUUGGAGAUUCUAUAAAAGUUGGUAGAUACCUGAAUACCUGAUG